AUGCGCGUGUCUCUAUCGCUGCCGCUCCUCCUGCCGCUCCUCCUGCCGCUCCUCCUGCUCGUGCCGCGCGGACAAUGCGGCAGAGACAGACGCGCGCUCCCGUGUCCGGACAAGUGCGACAAGUCCGCGUGCGCGCCUCUUCCCGCGGACUGCCUGCACGCGGACGCGCUGGACAAGUGCUCGUGCUGUCCCGUGUGCGCGAGCGGCGAGGGUGAGGCGUGCGCGGCGGACGCGGACUGUCCGGAGGGCACGCGCUGCGCGCUCCCGCCCGGCGCGGUGCAGGUGUCCGCCACCGUCAGACGCAGAGGGAACCUGGGCACGUGCGUGUGCGCGAGCCCGGAGCCCGUGUGCGGCAGCGACGGAAACUCGUACCGGAACAUCUGCGAACUGAAGCGCGCGAGCCUCCAGCAGCCGAGCGUGAUCGCCGUGCAGCGCGGCGCGUGCGGCGGAGAGUCGUCUGUGGUGGACAGUCUGAGGAGCAGGUAUAAUUUCAUCGCAGACGUGGUGGAGAAAAUCGCUCCGGCCGUCGUUCACAUCGAACUCUACAGGAAACUGAUGUUCUCGAAGCGCGAGGUGGCCGUGGCGAGCGGCUCCGGCUUCAUCGUGUCUGAGGACGGACUCAUCGUCACCAACGCCCACGUGGUCACCAACAAACAACGAGUCACGGUGGAGCUGAAGAGCGGAGCCACGUUCGACGCUAAAAUCAAAGACGUGGACGAGAAAGCCGACAUCGCUCUGAUCAAGAUCGACACGCCGGUGAAGCUCCCGGUCCUGUCUCUGGGUCGUUCUUCUGACCUUCGUCCUGGAGAGUUCGUGGUGGCCAUCGGGAGUCCGUUCUCCCUGCAGAACACGGUGACCACGGGGAUCGUCAGCACCACCCAGAGAGGAGGACGCGAGCUCGGCCUGAGGAACAACGACAUGGACUACAUCCAGACGGACGCCAUCAUCAACUACGGUAACUCUGGAGGUCCGUUAGUGAACUUGGACGGGGAGGUGAUCGGGAUCAACACUCUGAAGGUCACGGCCGGAAUCUCCUUUGCCAUUCCCUCCGACAAGAUCCGACAGUUCCUCUCCGAAUCCCACGACAGACAGGCCAAAGGAAAAACGUCACCAAAGAAAAAAUACAUUGGGGUCAGAAUGAUGUCGCUCACUCCCAGUUUGACGAAGGAGCUGAAGGAGCGAAUGUCAGACUUCCCCGAUGUGACGUCAGGAGCUUAUGUGAUCGAGGUGAUCGAGCGAACCCCGGCCGAGGCCGCGGGUCUGAAGGAGAGCGACGUCAUCAUCAGCAUAAACGGCGAGCGUGUGACAUCGGCCAGUGACGUCAGCGCCGCCAUAAAACGCGACCCGACGCUGAAAACCGUUGUGCGCCGCGGCAACGAAGACGUCAUCCUCAGCAUCGUCCCCGAGGAGGUCGACCCUUGACCCCCGAACCCCCCCCCCCCCCAAACCCUAACCCACAGAACCCCUCCCCCUCGGCUCUGAACCAACCAAUCAGGGACUAGCACUGUUCUCCUCUUGACCAAUCAGACGCCUCGGAGCUGCUGUGGUUUGGAGUGUAAAUAUUCGUACUUUAACUGUCGUCUUCCACCGCACAAACCCCACGGCCACGACACGACACGACCAACGCAAACGUGUCGAGAAAAAUAACCAGAGUCUGGACCAAAACAAGCGACAAAACAAAUACAAAACAUCCAAAUAUAAAGUUCAAAUCCACGUACCAGUCGCUCUUUGGAAUUUCAACUAAGAACGAAAAACUAUCAAAUGUGAAAACAGUUUAUUUCAUUUUUCUGUUUUAGUGUUAAACAAAAAAAAUAAUUUCGACCUUGAUUUCCAAUAUUUAAUUAUAUAUUUUAUUGUCUCUGGUUUAUUUGCUCACAGAACUCGAAUCAAAUCUUUGCUGAAUCCAAAAUGUGUCGUGUUGUUUUCAGGGUCUCAAAAAUAAUUUUCUCUUCCACAUUUCCUUCCUGAAUCCGGUCGAGCUCCUCCCACCGCGUGACGUCUGUGGUCUGACGUGCACAGCCAAAGUGUUUGGACCAAUCAGAGUCUGACAAAGAACCUUCAGGAGCUACGAGGAUUUAAACAUUUUAAAAAGUUUAAAAUAGAAAAUAGAAAAGAAUCCGACAAAAUCUGACCUUUGUGAAUUCGGACGACAGAACGCAGACAGGCUGAAUCCCCAAAAUGGUGAAGAGAAAAAAUCAGUUUGUCGACUGGACAAAAGUUAGUUUGGUUGAAGAAGUUUGGCAGCUGAUCCAAGCUUCAGCUCUCAGAACAGAAGAACAGAACCUCACCGUGAUUCUACCUGCACGACUCAGGGACACGUCACACAUUCCCAAAAUGCAUAGUUCCCUGUGGGAGAAUCUGUCUGGGCCCAAACUCCUGGAGCUGCAGAACCCGGAGCUACGACUAGAGGGGGAGGGGGAGGGGGAGGGGCUUCUCCAGGUUUAUUGUAGAUCUGUGCUUCUGUUGCUCAGCGUCUGUGAAGUCAGACUCAUGGAUCUAGAAUAAAAACUGAACACAGGAGAGUUUCUCGACUUUCUACGACGUGAAAGUAAAAGCGUCGCUGUAAAAGACGACGACAUGUUUGUCCACCACAUGAGCCCAUCAGUUCUUCCAGCUCUGCAGCGUUCAGUCUUUUGUAUCUUAAGUCGUGUUUUCACAAAAUCUUCGUAGAUUCGUUUCUGAGCUCGUUUAUUUCCAUUUUGUUUCAUUGUGGUGGAAAUUUCCACGUGUUUCUUUCCUGCUCCAAACAACUCUGGAUCUGGAUGCAGCCACGGCCUAAAAUAUCCAAAAACGUUUAAAAUGCAGCAGCAGCAGAAAAUCCAGGGCACAAAACCAGAGAGAAACGAGAAACGAGAAACAUGAAACAUGAAAAUUACAAUUUGAACGAGUUUUGUGUCUGUGAAUCUCUGCAGCAGUUUUAAAGGAAAAUGUGAAAUGUUCAGGGAUCGUAGUCGUUUUAUAAAGAAUUUUAAACAUAAAAAUACAAAUGUGAUAAAUAUUCAGAAUGUUAAGUUUGAACUUUUUUUUCUAUUUGAUUGUUUUUCAUUCUUAGUUGAAAUUGAAAAGAGCAAACGACCCACAGACCUGUAAAACUCCAGAACGUUUAAAAGGACCAACAGCUUCUGUCAACUUUCAGAUGAAACAAUAAAAGUGUCAGAGACUCAGUGGACAGUUGAGUUCUGUGGUUUGAUCCCAGCUCUGAUCUGUGCCUCUCGCCCUUGAGCAAGACACUUUACCCACCUUUAUGUUUGAAUGUGACAGUGAGGGAUUCAGAGGAGCCGGCGGUGCAGAUCGUCAGCCACGUUUACGUCACUUUAAACAUUUACGUCACUUUAAACAUUUACGUCAGUCUAAACCUUCACGUUCUCUGUAAAAUCGUCCCGUACACUGUUUAUAUAAAUGAACAUCAUUAACUCGCUCGCCGCCGCGUUAGAACAGGACAUGAACUUGAACUCGCUCGUCGCCGCAUUCCAAACUUGAUUAAAAAAACGUAUUAAAAUAUUUUGCACAAUUUAUAAAUUCUUGAUGAAGAUUUUGGGAGGUGAUUUUGACACAUGUAGACUGUGUUUUUAGAUUUUAAUUAAAUUAUUUUUAGGAUUAAACAUGCAGGUUUACAGACGUUACGUUGUUGACGUCAAGUUUCCUGCACAGGAACAGGACGCAACAGCCUCACUCCUGAUUGGCUCUUUAGAUUCGAUACUUGUGUUCAGAAUUUCCCAGAAUGACUCUUGGCCCAGAUUCACUUAUGUAAUCACAGCCUCGAUGAGCUUCAUUUGACUGGAGCUGAGCGCUGUGACGUCACACUCGCAAAGUCUACGGUCCGUCUCCGUCCACGGUCUACGGUCUGUCCAAAGUCUAUGGUCUGUCCCCAUGGUCUGUCUAUGGUCUAUGGUCCGGCCGCGGUCCACGGUCUGUCCACAGUCUACGGUCCACGGUCCGUCUAAAGUCCACGGUCCACGGUCCGUCUAAAGUCCACGGUCCGUCUAAAGUCCACGGUCCAUGGUCUGUCCACAGUCUACGGUCCACGGUCCGUCUAAAGUCCACGGUCCACGGUCCGUCUAAAGUCCACGGUCCGUCUAAAGUCCAUGGUCCACGGUCCGUCUAAAGUCCACGGUCCGUCUAAAGUCCACGGUCCACGUCCGUCUAAAGUCCAUGGUCC